AACGCCGUCUUUGAUGUAACGCGUGCAGGAUGUUUUGGGUUUCGAUUGUACACAACGGAAGGUGCAACAACAACGCUCCAGUCGGAUCAAUCCGGAAAAUUCUGGGUCAUGUGGUGCCGUGGUGUGUUCGAAAUGUGGUGUGAUUUUGUUGUGUUGAAAGCAAAACUGCCACAGCAAACAAACGUUGUUUUGGGAUGUGUUUGGGCGGGAGCAUAUGACGUACUUGCUUUUUUAUUAUGUUUACCCUCAUCCAGAAGUGUGGCCCUCCAUGAUCGUAUCAGUGUCCUGGAAGGGAAAGGUGAAUGGAACCAACAGGAAGCAAGCAAGAAGCGGCCAUUCGGCAAUGCAGCACGUGUUGCGGGACUCGUAAUUAAGUGUACGUUAAGCUGGCCGUCCAAGAUACGGCCGUCUUGGAUCCCAGAACAAAGCGAACAACACAGAGGAGCUGUCAUAGUCAAACACACAAGCGGGACGCGAGACGCGCUUCUCACCACCAAAUAUCGUGCAGCAGUCCUUCUUCCAAGGCUUAUUGUAACUGAAAUACAUUGCGCAAAAAAUACUUCCUCAACAUGCUGCGCACAUUACGCCUCGUGCAAAGUUUAGGCACGAAGAAGGGCAGCGUUAUAUCAUCACUGAUCCACCACCGGCAGGCGAUCUGUUUGCAGCAACAAAACAUCAACAAACUCGCAUUCGGUGGCCUCGUACGGCACUGUUCCACAAACUCUGCACUAGCAAGUACGGAACAACCGGCCCCAACCUCGACGGAAAAGGAUAAUGAGAGCAACGCUACAAACUGGACCACAAUCUACCACUUCCCGUCAAUCAUGCUGACGGCUUCGUUGAAAAGGCUCAAAUUCUACCCCAUGGUUUGCACCGGCGUUUCCGUUCCCAUAUCAAUCGGGCUCGCUUACAUGGAUAUUUGGUCGAUGACCACUGCCGAGAUUGUAGGAGCGAUUGGCUUUACCACAUCGCUGACUCUUUCGCUCUUCGGAAUGAUCACCGAUAAUCUGGUCGGGUUCGUGUAUUGUGACGAUCGAUUGAGCAAAGUGAAGAUAUCGUUCCUGGACGCGAAGGGUAAGCGGCAGAACCGCAUCUACUCGGUGGACGAUCUCGUGUCCAGAACGGAGCUGCCCAAAUCUUUUCUGAAGAUGUACUUCCCGGUGAAAAACCACGAGAACGGCGAUGUGUACAAGCUGGUACAUCAGUACGGUGAAAUAUACGACGUGCAUGCGUUUAACAAGGUAUUUGGCCAUGAUGUUGUUAGCAAGUGAGCAGCAAGAGAUGGGUAGAAAUGAAUAAAAAUGGAUUGUUUGUAAAUUAUUUAAA